GCGGAACGGAAGCAAGCAGUGUGGGAAGAUCGAGCACGUGCUGAACCCAUGGCACUUCUGUGGACGAUGGCGCUGGUCGCGGCCGCGGCCGCCCGCCCAGUGUACGAGAUCCCAGCCUUUGACGUCGCGACGCUGGUCGCGCACAAGGCGCCGCUGGUGGCGGCCCUCGAGGAGCACGGCCUUGUGGCGUUCAAGGGCCUCGACGGCUUUGCGGCGACGCGGACGACGUACCUGCGCGAGGCCUUUCGCUGCAUGCAGGUGCACCCCGAUAUGGACUUUCUCCAGCACAAGACGCUCUCGGACGGUACGACGCGCGACACGAUCAGCACCAACGCCAAGGACGAGCUGCCGAUGGCGAGCCUCUGCCCCGCAUACGCCGCUGCCCACCACGCAUACAUGGGCUUGAUGCAGUCGGCGACUGAGGCACUGGGCAUCGCACUGGACGUGCCGUCGAGCGAGCAUGCGUCGGUGGCCACGUCGAUGCGAGCGAUCGCCGAAUCGGGCAAGCACCUCGAUCAUGUGCACAAGUACCUCGCUCCGGCCUCGCCGUCCAGCCCAGAGACGCUGUCGCUGGAGCUGCACACGGACAAUGGUCUCGGGCUCCUCACGUCGGUCCCGCUCUUCUUUGAUCGCGACGGCAACCAAGUACAAGCCGAGACCACGGGCCUCGAGGUCGAGCUCACGCUGGACGGCGUCGUCCAGCGCGUGGCCCCGCGCCUCAAGGCGGAUGAGUUGGUGCUCAUGAUUGGUGAAGGCUUCAAUCGAUGGGGCAACUUUGGCCACCGUUUCCCGCCGGUCGUGCACGGGAUGAAGAUGCCAGUCUCGAUGGACGCGUCGGUCGCGCGCGUCUUCUCGGGGCGUAUGUUGCUCAUGCGCGCUGACGACCGCCUCGUCCACGCUGGCCUCUCGUUCGACGAGUACGCGGCGGCCACGACACGCCACCUCCUCGAACCAAGCGCCAACUUUGCGUCGCUCGCGUGUCCGACUGGCCGCAGCCUCCUCGCCUCGGACCUGAGCUGCACGCUCGGCCUUUGGGUCCCGUCGAACGCCAGUGAUCCAAGCACCACCAAGGCGCAGUGCAUGCGCCACUGCAACAGUCCCAACAUGCGGAAUGAGGUCGAGCAGUGCGCGCAUCUCAAGUGCGUCAAGACGGGUGACGUGCCCCACGGCGGCACCGUGUGCUGGAUGCUGUGCGUCGAACAUCUGCCCGACUGCGCAGCUGACGCCCAGACGUGCUUGCCCGACCAAACGCUUGUGUGCCCGGCCGCCAUGGCCGCAGCUCCGACGCAACGCCUCUGGAUGUUGGGGCUCCUCGGCGCGCUCGGCGUGCUCGUUCUCGCGCUGGUCGUGCGCCACUGGCGCCACCGCCGCCGGCAUGCGCAGCGCCGCAGCUCGCUGGCGCCCACGGAGGCGAGCUCGCUCUUGGCCUAGCCGGACGUUCGGGUUCGCUCGUUCGAACGUCGUCGUGUGGGUGGCAAUUGCCGUAACCAAGUUGCUUUUUGCUUUUU